AUCAGAGAAAAAGAGAGAGCUGGAAACUCCAGCCCCCAGCAAGCUGGACUCAAGGCAAUUUGCAUCUGUGUGUCAUUCAGGCUCCUCUCUGCAGUACUGCAGAGCAGCUUCAACCAGCUUUGUUGUCUCUGCUAGGUUUUAGCAGUUAAACCAACGGCAUUUGCCUUGAAGACUUCAUAAAAGAUUAUAUGCAUAGCUUUGAGGGUUUUCCCACCUUAAUUUCAAGGAAUUCUAUAGUAUUACAAUGUUGCUUUUUCAUGCUUUGAGAAGUAGUUAUUGGAUACAGAUGUCUCAAGAUAUUCCAAAUAUAGCUUCACUUUGAAAUGUCCAUACAGAUGUUCAGAAGUAUUGCAGACCAUCAGGACUUUAGAGCAUGGCUACAAGCAAUGGAAACAAUGACUUUGUACUUCUGAGCAAUGGCAACAUUCUGUCCAAUGUGACUAAUCCUGAUCUCCUGCUGGCAACCAAUGAUGGCAAUGUUGCAGUCCAAAACACACCAUCUAAGGAAACCUCAAGAAGAAAAGUGAGUGCAAACGGGUGCCUUCAGUUUAAUGGCAUGCUAAAAGCAUCAUUUUUGCCUGUAGAUGACCAAAGGACUCCGCAGGUGUUAACAAAAUGUUGUCCUUGCCCGUAUCAUCAUCCUCUAAAUAACCAUAGUACUCAACAAGAAUGUGUUUCAGUGGCUGGCACCAAUGCACCAUCUCCAUUGACUUCCUGCUGCCCAAACCCUCAUACUGAAUAUUCAGCAUCUGCUUGCCAAAAACAUGCACCCUUGUAUCAGACUGCCUGUUGUCUCCAGUCGUCCCCUUCAUUCUGCCUACAUCAUCAGUGGCCUGAACACUUUCAGCAUCAGCCUGCCCAACAGCACAUAGCCAGUAUAAGGCCCGCCAGAACGUUAACACUGCCAAAAAGCUAUGCAGCCUUGAUAGCCGACUGGCCUGUGGUAGUUUUAGGCCUGUGUACUGUGUUAAUAGUAGUGUGUGCAUUGGUUGGAAUAUUAGUACCAGAUCUUCCAGACUUCUCCGAUCCAUUAUUGGGUUUUGAGCCAAGAGGGACUGCAAUUGGGCAGAGACUGGUCACCUGGAAUAACAUGGUGAAAAAUACAGGCUACAAAGCAACACUAGCAAAUUACCCUUUUAAAUAUGCAGAUGAGCAGGCUAAAAGUCACCAGGACAGAUGGUCAGAUGACCACUAUGAAAGGGAGAGGAGAGAAGCAGACUGGGAUUUCCACAAGGACAGCUUUUUCUGUGACAUUCCAAGUGACCGCUAUUCACGUGUGGUGUUUACAUCAACAGAUGGAGAGAACUUGUGGAAUUUACCAGCAAUAAAAUCAAUGUGCAAUGUGGAUAAUUUGAGGAUACGAUCCCAUUUUCAGUUUGGUGAUCUCUGCCAGAGGACCACUGCUGCUUCAUGCUGUCCCAGCUGGACACUAGGCAAUUAUAUUGCCAUUUUAAACAACAGAUCAUCCUGUCAGCAGAUUGUGGAGAGAGAUGUUUCUCAUACUCUGAAGCUGCUCCGUACAUGUGCCAAAUACUACUACAAUGGGACUCUGGGGCCAGAUUGCUGGGAUAUGGCAGCCAGGAGGAAGGACCAGCUCAAAUGUACAAACGUGCCUCGUAAAUGUACAAAGUACAAUGCUGUUUACCAGAUCCUCCACUACCUAGUAGACAAAGAUUUCCUAAGCCCAAAGACCAUGGACUAUGUUUUACCAGCUUUAAAGUACAGCAUGCUCUUUUCACCUACUGAAAAGGGGGAGAGCAUGAUGAAUAUCUACUUAGAUAACUUUGAGAAUUGGAACUCUUCUGAUGGAAUAACCACCAUCACAGGGAUUGAGUUUGGGAUAAAGCACAGCUUAUUCCAAGAUUAUCUUUUAAUGGAUACCGUGUAUCCUGCUAUAGCCAUUGUGAUUGUUCUUUUAGUCAUGUGCAUAUAUACAAAGUCCAUGUUUAUCACACUGAUGACCAUGUUUGCAAUAAUUAGCUCCUUGAUUGUUUCUUACUUCCUUUAUCGGGUAGUAUUUAAUUUUGAGUUUUUCCCCUUUAUGAACCUCACUGCACUGAUUAUUCUCGUUGGUAUUGGAGCAGAUGAUGCUUUCGUCUUGUGUGAUGUGUGGAACUACACAAAAUUUGAUAAGUCUCAUGCCGAAACAUCGGAGACGGUGAGCAUCACCUUGCAACAUGCUGCUCUUUCCAUGUUUGUUACCAGUUUUACUACCGCUGCUGCCUUCUAUGCCAAUUAUGUCAGCAAUAUCACAGCAAUCAGAUGUUUUGGUGUUUAUGCUGGCACUGCCAUAUUAGUGAACUAUGUUCUAAUGGUAACAUGGUUACCCGCAGUCGUUGUGUUACAUGAACGGUACUUGCUCAAUAUAUUUAGCUGUUUCAGAAAGCCUCAGGCAAGGGUGUACAGUCACAAAAGCUGCUGCACAGUGCUGUGCCAAAUGUGCCAUAAGGUUAUUUUUGCCCUCUCCGAAGCAUCCAGGAUCUUUUUUGAAAAAGUGUUGCCAUGCAUUGUUAUCAAGUUUCGCUACAUCUGGUUGGUCUGGUUUCUAGCCUUAACUGUUGGUGGAGCAUAUAUUGUGUGCGUGAAUCCAAAGAUGAAGCUCCCAUCACUGGAACUCGCAGAGUUUCAAGUGUUCCGGUCUUCUCACCCUUUUGAACGUUACGAUGCUGAGUUCAAAAAGCUUUUUAUGUUUGAACGUGUCCAUCAUGGGGAGGAGCUUCAUAUGCCCAUCACUAUUAUCUGGGGUGUCUCUUCUGAAGAUAAUGGGGAUCCCUUAAAUCCUAAAAGUAAAGGAAAGCUAAAACUCGACAGCGCUUUUAAUAUUGCAAGCCCAGACUCACAGCUCUGGAUUUUAAAGUUCUGUCAGAAGCUGAGAAAUCAAACCUUUUAUUAUCAAACGGAAGAGCAAGACUUCACAAGCUGCUUCAUUGAAACAUUUAAACAGUGGAUGGAAAAUCAGGAUUGUGAUGAGCCGGCUCUUUAUCCCUGCUGCAGUCACUGGAGCUUUCCCUACAAACAGGAAGUUUUUGAGUUAUGUAUCAAGAGGGCCAUCAUGGAGCUUGAGAGGAGCACAGGGUACCACCUGGACAGCAAGACCCCUGGACCUCGCUUUGACAUCAAUGAUACCAUCAGAGCAGUAGUAUUGGAAUUCCAGAGCACCUACCUCUUCACCUUGGCUUAUGAGAAGAUGCAUCAGUUCUAUAGGGAGGUGGAUUCAUGGAUUUCAAAUGAGCUUAUUACUGCUCCUGAGGGUCUAAGUAAUGGGUGGUUUGUGAGUAAUUUAGAAUUCUAUGACCUCCAGGACAGUCUCUCUGAUGGUACUUUGAUUGCCAUGGGUCUUUCAGUUGCUGUUGCUUUCAGUGUAAUGCUGCUUACAACUUGGAAUAUAAUAAUAAGCCUUUAUGCAAUAGUUUCAAUAGCUGGAACGAUAUUUGUCACUGUCGGCUCUCUUGUUCUUCUUGGAUGGGAACUAAAUGUGUUGGAGUCUGUCACCAUAUCGGUUGCUGUUGGCUUAUCAGUAGACUUUGCUGUCCAUUAUGGAGUUGCUUACCGCUUAGCUCCUGACCCUGAUCGAGAAGGAAAAGUAAUCUUCUCCCUGAGCCGCAUGGGUUCAGCAAUUGCUAUGGCUGCACUGACCACAUUUGUAGCUGGAGCAAUGAUGAUGCCUUCCACGGUUUUAGCAUACACUCAACUUGGCACCUUCAUGAUGCUUAUUAUGUGCAUCAGUUGGGCUUUUGCAACCUUCUUUUUCCAGUGCAUGUGCCGUUGCCUUGGGCCCCAAGGAACCUGUGGUCAGAUUCCUCUGCCAAAAAAACUGCAGUGUAGCGCUUUUUCUGAGGCAUUGUCAGGAAACAAAGGAGAUGGGGAACAAAACAAAGCUAAUUCUCCUAACAAAUACAAGUUGGACUCUCGAAGUCAAAAACCAGACUUGGAGCAUGAUCAUUAUGAGCUAGAGCCUUUAGCAUUGCAUACCAACAAGUGCAGUGCAUCGGAGAAGAGAACCUAUGAAGAAACACACAUCUGUUCUGAACUUUUCAAUGGUAGACCCCCAAACACAUGUGUUCUUCCCCAGUCAGCAUAUAACAACGAACUGAACAUAAGCACUAAAACUGAAUCUGGAUCAGCCGUGACGUCUUCUGGCGAGCAGAAUAUCCCUUGCCAGUUGAUGUCUCAAAACCAACAGUGUAAUUGUUCAGGUGGAUAUAAGCAUGUGGACAUGAAAUGGAGCCCACGGUCAUGUCAACAGUUAAAUGAAACAUUAUGCUACCACUGCUCUCCUUCAUCUGGAAAUGUGCAUAUCCAGAGUUCUCUGGUUCCCAUCAAUGCUUUGCACCAUUCUUCUGAUGGUUAUGUGAAUGCUGUCCAGCAUGUUCUCCACUGUAACUGUCUACAGGGCAGAUUAAAAAGACCUCCAGUUCAGAAUUCACUCCCUAGAAAUAUAUUUUUCCAUUCCAUGCAACAUUUUCAAUCCCACAGUCUUCCAAACACAGAGGAGAAUUUAAGAACUCUUCCAAAGGAAGCAAGUUCUUCACCAUUUAUCUGCAACAAUGCUGGUUCACUAAUGAAAUCAUAUUGUGAAAUGGAAAAAAGCACGUCCAGUAAUCAAAAGGGACUUGCUAGUAACUACAGAGACCAAUGGGUCACUGAAGUAAAUGGGAAUGAAAAGGAGAUUUCUGCAUCAAAGCAAAGCAAGAAAGCUGAAACCGAGGGUAUGCAGAACUUAUCACAAACUGCUCCAGGUGUGAAGGCUAACCAGAAGGAGUGGAAUUGUAUAGAGAGUAGUACAGCAGUAGAGGCUGGUUAUGAGUCUUGUCCUGAAAAUUCACAGUAUUGUAACAGAACCAUAGCAACAAAGUGCAAUUCUGUUGAGUGUCAUAUGCCAAACACUGAAGCCCAUGUGCCUGCUCUAUUAGCACACCCAGAACUUUCCAAUGAAAGUUUGCUAAUAAAAACACUAUAAUAAAUCUUGA